UUUGACAGCUAAUACCAAUAAUAUUGCUAUCUUCAUAUAUAUAAUAAACUUGUCUUGUGUCAUGGCUGUUGAAAGUUUGUUUGUUGGAAAAAAACAAAAAUAAUUUUCCUUGACCUGUCAAGCACGAUUACUAUCAAUACAUUUUCCUAAAUUAAUUGUGUAAUUUAUUAACAUAAGAUUUUACAAAUAAUGGGCGAACAGAACGAAAACAACUGGUUCGGUUCGUGGUUAAAUGCUGCAAAGAAUAAGGGUUCAGAAGUGUUAGAAUUUGUAAAGAAAGAUUUAGAAGAAUUUGGAACAGCUGUUAAAAAUGAAGCAAGCAGUGUUGUAUCUUCUACAGGAGCAGUUCUUGAGAAAACACUUAGUUUGGAUUCUCCUUCAUCGACAGCUAGCAACAUGAAAAGAAGCAUCAGUUCAUUAAUGGGACAAGUGAACAGUGUUUUAAAUCCUAGUCCUGAUGAUUCAGAUGCAGAAAUGUUGAUAGUGGAAAACUCGGAAACAGUUACUUUAAACAAAUUUCAGAAAGCACUUUAUGAACUACAAAAGGAUCCCAUUACUUUUUUGGAGGAUCCAGGUGAAAGUUUACAAAAACAAUAUAAUUGUUGGUUAGAAAUUAUAGAUGAUCAGUUGAAUGACGAUCGAAUAGCAAAACAUGUUAACAGCUCAGAAGUCCUUAAAUGUCACUAUGCUAAAUUAGUUCCUGAUGUUGUAGAGCAUCAAACUUUUUGGAAAAGGUACUUAUUUAAAAAAGCUUUAUUAGAAGAUGAGCUUGCAAGGCAGGAAGCUUUGGAAAAACGGGAGCAAAAGGAAAAACAAGUAACAGAAGAAAGUCUCAAAUGGGAACAAGAAGAUUUUGCAGCAGAUAUAGAAUUAACCGAAGAGGAACAGAUAAAACUUUUAGAACAAUAUGAAAACGAAAGAAAAACUAGUCCGAGAUCUAAAUUACCAAUAGGGGAAAAAAUAAAAAUUGCACAUGAUUCGCCUAAAAAGAAAGAGAAUAAGGAAGUGGAAAGUCCGCAAUCGACAAAAAUCAAUAAGAAUGAUUCAAAUGAUAGUUUAAGAAGUACACCAAGUAGCAACAGUAGUUUAGAUGGAGAUUGGGAAAAAAUAAGUGAUACAGACAAGUAAAUCUAUAUUGAAAAAAAAUAGCUUUGGAAAUCUCAACAUGUAGCUGAAUAUUUUUUUGAUACAAAAAAAGUGAAGUUGUUUUGUACUAGUUAUUAGUAAAUUAUAUUCUCAAUAUAUGUAAACUUAUAUUUCUUGGGAUAGUCAAGAGUUCAACUAAUUACGUUAACUCCUCUUUAUAUUGUUAUAAUCACUCUUUUCUUCAGUCUUCCUCAGCUUUUUUAAAGAUGAAGUGGCAACCUCCCAAAUGACUAAGUAGGAAUGAAGAAAAAAGGAAGUGACAGAAGAAAAUUUUUAGAUUUUUAAAAAUAUUCAAUUCCAUUAGUAUUUCAAACAACUCUCCAUUAAAUCUUUGAUAUAAUUAAUAUUUCAGAAUAGUUUUAAUUUCCUCUUUUACAAUAUAAUAAAACUUUCACUAAGCUUUGUCUUUGUAGCAAUGGCUUAACUGGAUUGAUCAUCACAAUAAUCAAGUCCUGUAUGUUGAAAAAUUGAUUCCACUCUUAUUACUCUUCUUCGUCAUUUAAUCUUCAUCGUGGUAAUAUAUUUCAAAUGUAUCAGUCACCUAAAUAUUAUAGCUCCUCUAUAUUAAACUACCUUCUCUAAUUAUUCACAUAUCUUCUUCACCUGAUAGUAUAUCUAAUAAAAAGGGACUUUCUUCUACAUUAGGUAAUAAAAGGAAUACAAACCUUAAAAUGGGCGCUGAACAUACUGUUUACAUUACCACUACACCAACAGUCACAGUUAUACUGCGUUUCGAUAACAAAGUUAUCAUCUUCAGAUGCUUCGGUCUCUGAUGACCAUAACUUGGGUAUCGAAACGCGCGUCAGACAGUGUGAGUGUGGAGAUGGGGGUAGUGUAAAUAGUGUGUUCAGUAUUAAUAUCACUUACGGUUCCAAAUAUUCCUACCUAUAUCAAGUGGGUGAAUUGUGAAUCUCAUUCUUUCAAAUUCCUGCCAAGCGGUUUCAAUUAUGAAAUUUAUUAGAGAUUGUGAAAGUGGAACACAAAAUAUAUACUAUUGAUGUAAAUAUAUAUUCUAAGAUAUUGGAAUUAUUAAUUUCGUCUCCAUACUACAUAAAUAAAGGGUAGUAUAAUUUUGAAGGGAUUAUUGCCUCAUACUUUUCUAAAUUUCAAUUAUUUCAAAAAUUGUUUCUUAGAAGUUUUUGUAGAAAAAAGGUGCUCUUGUAUCAGUUUGAUAGGUAUGACCAUUUUCUAUUUAUUUAUUCUCUAUGUAUAGUUAAAUUGUGGAUGAUCAAGGAUCAUUGUACACAUAGGCCUUCUGGUUAGAUUAAGUUAGACCCGUCGUGUCCUGUUUAAGGGGAGCAGUUGUUUGGUAAGAGAGCAUACUUUCGCAUAGACUAAUGAGAUAUGUAAUAGGAACAUUUUCGGCUAAACUAUGAACGAGUUUUGGACCUAUUGGUGGACCCAAUCAGAUGAGUGAAUCAGUCAAGUUCUCGUGCACCUAAAGAAGCUAGAUCUCGAGCCAUUAGGCCACUCUAAAAGCAGAAACAAAUAGGUUUUUAUGGAUUUUUUCAGAUAUACUACAGAACAAAGGGAUAUAACAUGAUUGUAUUUUUCAUAUCAGUGACUGCUUACAAUAGUUUUUUUGAAGUGAUUUAUUUCAAAAUGGCGGCGUACUGCGUUUUUGCUGUUUUUUUCAGGGUUCACAGCUGGACUCACACCUCCUGUAAUUUUUUUAUCAUUAAUUAUUUUGAUUAUCUAUAAUAACCGCUAUAGAAAUAAGUGGGACUUUUUCAAUUUAUUGAUUUUUGGCCAAAUGAUGCACUUCUAAAGUAGAAAGUGAAAAGCCUAAAAAAUCAUCAGAUAAUUGUUAAUAACAAAUUAACUAUGCAAUAUAAAGAAAAAAAUCUCAUGUACUUCCAUAAUUUAAAGUCAAUCAGUUAAAAAUUGUUUAAGUUAUGUUCAUGUACCUAGCGUACCUAAAAAAUGCAGUAUUGCGAUAAACUUGUUUAAAAUUUUGGGUAUUAGAGAAUUAGGAAUAAUUUUACACUAUCUUUAAUCUUCGAUGCCUGCACCAUACAAUUAGCCUUCCAGAUUAUCUUCCUGUCAUUGCAUUUCUUUUCUACUUGAUUCUGGAACAAUCUGUGUACCCUAUCAUAUCGAUCUCUCUACAAGCUUUAUGCGCUAUUUGUCGAUCUUUAGGCACACAUUUAGUAGCUGGUUGGGCCGAUUAAUUGCCUUCAUAUCUUUGGUCUCUUGAUGUUGCAAAACGAUCAAUCAGGAAGUGUAUGUGUGUGGGUGUGUCAACUAACGUCUUUCUCAAAUGUUUGACUAUGCCUAACUGACUGAAAGAUACGUUCGACAAGUCUAAACUCGUCUAAGACUAGUCAGGAUAACAUCUGCCGUAACUCACAAAAGGAAUUUGAUGUAGACCAGACGACCUUUUACUAAAAUUCGUAAACCGAGUAAGGUUUGUCCUGGCGAUAAUCUUUUGGGGUGGUAGGAGACCAUUUAAAAUGAGAAAAUAGGGUGGUAUAAACACUUUUUAAUCUUCUAACACAAGACUGGACCACCCGUUAAGCUUGGAUAGCAGCUUUGCUGUCCUAAACGACCUUUAUGUUCCUUUUUUCUCACUUCACCCCACUUUAUCACUAUUGGUAAACACAAGUCAAUAAUAACACAGGAAGUGGUGUCGACUAGCGUCUUCCUCAAAUGCUUGGUUAUGCCUAUCUGACUGAAAGAUACGUUCGACAACUCUUAAUUUGAAAAUAGAGUACUGAAAGGUCUGUCCUGGCCUAAAUCUUUUGGAGUCCUAGGAGACUAUUUAAAAUGAGAGAAUGAAAAUCUAUUCGUCACUUCUAGGGUGGCCUAAGAACUUUUUAACCUUUUAGCACAAGACUGGACCAUAUUAUUUCAUCCGUUAAGCUUGUAUAGCAGCUCUGUUGUCUGAGCUGAAGUCUACUCCUGUCAAGCCAUUAAUCCUGGAAUAAUAUUUGUACCAGUUAGCCCCAUUAUUUAGUAUUAAGGGUGUAGAGUGUUAUACACGUAUGUUCCUGUAAGCAUAAUGAAAAAUUCUUCAUGGCUUUAUUUUUGUAAAAUACAUGAUUACUUUUAUCUAGGGAACUACCUUGUAUGCUAAUGGGAUGGAAUAAGUGACCUCAAAUCAAUUAUUGAUGUCUUAUAAUCAAAAUAUGAAUUUUAUAACCAUAAACGUUUGGCAAGUAUUUAAAAAAAGCUUCUCAAUUUAUCCUUUUGAAUUAAGGAUUUGUAUUUCUCUUAUCAUAAAGUUUUAGAAGUAAGUGUUAAUAGAAAGUGCCGUUUUUUUGGAUGUACUAGAUCUAGAGAUUUAUGGAACAAUUUCUUUAUAGCAUAUGUGACAUAUAUGACAAAAUAUUACGAAACAAUAAAAUUUAACUACUUGUCCUACUUUCCAGUUACUUUUUUCAAUUAUUGAUUACAGUGCUUUUUUUGUCACUUAUUAUGUUAUCGAAUGUUUUAUUGUCAUCAUUCUGUGGUAACAGUAUCAGAUCAUUUACAGUUCUAUCAAACUCUAAGUUGAAUCCGUUUCUUUUUUAGUAUAUUUCGAUACAAUAGCUGUUUAUAUUUUACCAAACUGCUAAAAUAUGAACAAACUAUAAUAUAAUUUUGUGUUACAUAUAUACUUAUCUCAAAAAUAGAGUUAACCGGUUGUAUUAAGAGUCCGGUGGCAGGUUUAUUAACACUGCUUUUAUUUUGUGGCAUACAGAUACAUGUUGUCCCUUCUAAAUACCGAUUAAAAUUAUAGUAAUUAAUUAUAUAUACUAUUGUAAUCUUAUUUAAAUUAUCCGUUUGCAUUUUCCGAGAUAAUGGAUAUCUAGUUUAUUGUUAAAUAUCUAUUUUGUAUUUAUUAUUUUAACAACUCGGUACGAUAUUUUUAAUCAUAAAAAUCAUGUACCUUGUCCUAUUACUUAUGAUAGUAUAUUUUAUAAAAUGUUCGAUGAAAAAUAUAAAUAUUACUA